AUGAGUAGAGAUGUGAUAACCCCAAGUAAUGGCGAAAUGCCAGGAAGGGAGAAAACAAAUGAAUAUCAUGUUGAAACAAAUAAAGAGCUCCAAGUAAAUUUAAAUUUUCAUAAUAAUAAUAUAAUUUCAAAUAUAUUUUCGAAUUUAAGUUUAUUCGAUCAUAUUUCUAACAUUUUUACAAUUAAUAAAAAGACAUAUAUGUUAAAAUAUUGUAAUAAGUUGAAUGAAGAUAAUUUUUAUAUUUCUUAUUUUCAAAAAAUAAAUGACAAAUUUAUGCAAAUAUCACCAUGGCAUGACAUUGAUUUGAUGAAUGAAGAUGGCACAUAUAACAUGAUAGUCGAAAUAACAAAAUAUAAUUAUAUAAAAUUGGAAAUACAGUUAACAGAAAAUUUUAAUGUAAUUAAGCAAGACACGAAAAAGGGAAAAUUAAGAUAUUACCAUAACUCAAUUUAUUGGAAUUAUGGUGCAUUACCCAGAACAUAUGAGUACCCGAAGCACAUUUAUAGCAUUCGAACUAAGGAUAAUAACGAUUGGUUUUUCACAGGAGACGACGAUCCGCUCGAUGUAGUAGACAUAGGACACAACUGUCUCAAGAUGGGGCAGAUUGUUCCCGUAAAGAUUCUGGGAGCGUUUACGCUGAUUGAUGAGGGACAACUGGACUGGAAAAUCAUCGCCAUAAAUAAACACGACAAACACUUCGAUGAAGUGAAUUCAUUGGAUGAUGUUGAGAAAUACUAUCCCCACACACUGAACUUACUGCUGGAGUGGUUUCGUUCAUACAAAAUGGCAGAGUCCAAAAAAUUAAAUAUCAUAUCGAAAAAAUUGUAUACCAGAAAAGAGAGUGAAGAUUUAAUCAAAAAGACACACGAAUAUUACUUAGAAUUUGUGCGUGAUUUAAAGCAGUACGAAUCUGAUCGAAUUAGUGAAAGUACAUGUGAAGUUAGCACUAAACAGCCAUCAAUUUGUAGUCAAAUCAGUUUCGGCAAUUUUCCAAUCAAGACACAAGACGAUUCUCUGCAUAAUACACUUCUGCAGGAUAUUAAAAUUUCAUACCAUAUGCCAGACCCAAUGUACACUCCAAAUGAACACAUAUGGAUCCCCUAA